CGUUCACGUUUCUGCGGGGCUGAAACUGCGCGCAGCAUCACGAUGCCGGGGCGCGCGGAUCCCGAGGCUCCCCGCGCCGCCCUCAUCUUCGCCCUGGUCAUCGCGUUCCUCCCCACCCGCCAGGCGCAGGAAAUGGAGGAAACAGAACUGUCAGCAGAAAUGUCCGGAGACAUGCAAAACCCGGAGGAAGGGGCUACGGCUCCAAGCACAUUUGCUGCGGUGACCACAGAAAUAUUCACUGCCAGUAUGACUUCUACCCUUAUUGAUGAAGAUGCAGGCCAAUUAGAGUUUAUAUUAAUGGUGUUGAUCCCGUUGAUUGUAUUGGCCGUCCUACUUUUAUCCGUGAUACUCUUUGUAAUAUACCAUAAAAGAAAAAGGAAUAAACAAGAGCCCUCUAGCCAAGGAUCUCAGAGCGCUUUACAGACACAUCACCUGGGAAGUGAAAACAUGAAAGUCCCUAUUUUUGAGGAAGACACACCCUCUGUGAUGGAAAUAGAAAUGGAAGAGCUUGAUAGGUGGAUGAACAGCAUGAAUAGAAAUGCCAACUAUGAGUGUUUACCUACUUUAGAGGAAGAAAAGGAACCAAACCACAGCAACCCAAGUGACAAUGAAUCCUGAAACUGAAUGGUGCUAAUGUUUUCCAAGAGAAAGCAGCCCCGGAGGGAGCCUGCUGGGCCUGCCAGCAGAGGAUGAAGAGGAUCCGAAUUUAAUUAAUUUCAAAUCAACGUAAACACAAGAACCUUUUGCUGUUGCUUCCAGCGCCCACUCUUCCAACGCCCAGUGCAUCACCUGUACUUGGAAGAAUGCUCGAUUGAGAAGUGCUAGGCAAAGGCGUGGCUGCUGAGGGUGGAGGAACCAUAACAUGCAGUCAGCGCUUAUCAGUGGGUGUUCCCUCCGCUCAGCCAACCUCUAGAUGACUGUACCAUUACCCUGGCCACGCUCUCAAGUCCUUGUUACCUUUCUGCUUCAUUCCUCAGGGUACAAAUCAGGAAGCUGUCUAUGGUUUCCUUCUGGGUCACCUUGCGACCUAGAUAGCUUUGGAUAAUUUCCUCUCAUGAGUUAAGUUCUCUGAUAGGUCAAUUACAUUCAGUGGGAACUUUGCUCAAGGUGAGUUACGUCAUGGAAAAGACAGCAAACAAAGCAAGUGUUUCAAUGUGGACACCAUCCCAGGGGGUGGGUAAGCUCAUUUCCACCUGCCAUGAGACACAGUGUGAGAGCCCACAGUCCUGAAGGGAUGCUGUUUGGUGACAUGUUGACCCUGAGUUGGCCAGGUGAUGGAGGAGUGGAAUUCUCAGUGAAAGAGCAACUGUUUUCCUUCUCGGAGAAAAUCAGCUGCUUGUUCACAUUUCCCCAUGGCUCAUCCCUGUCCUCACCACAACUCCCUUGCGUGUGAUGUAUGGAUAGAUGUGUGCAGCUGGGCCUCCUCUGCCACCUUCUGUGUCUCUGAGAUCUUUAAGGUUGUUUGGAACAAACAGAACAGCAAUAGGCUCUGUCUGUGCCCGAGGCAGGUACCCUUCCUCACACUCAGGAUCUUUCCUGCCAGCCGGACCAGGGCUCGUAUCCUCAACGCAGCUCCCAGGAGGCCACCACCGGUCAUCAGAGAUGACAUUCUACGUGAUAUUUGUUGACAUCCUCCUGCUAGAAGCAAUGGUGCAAAAUGCGGAAGGGCCUAGUUAUCACUCCCACUCACGUAAAAUCAAUCUCCAUUUAAUCCUUAAUUUUCCAAUUCUGACCUUUAAAGCAAUCUAGCAAAUUAGGAGCCCUCAGCUCUUCCACGGCACCUGAUGUUUUAUUCCAGGAAAGAAACAAAGAAUGAAAACUGUAUCUUACUCCCCGCAUAUAAACUGAGGGGGGUUGAGGUUCACCAAAUAUUUGCUGCAGUUAUUUGGGGUCUUGUGUUUGAAAGGCUGCCUUAAUGCAUAACGAAAACAGUCCUUUUUUUCAGAAUCCCUUUAACCAGCACUUGCCUUCUGAACUAUGCCCACAAUUUUAAAGGCAGAGUUCCAAGCCAGGGAGGUCUUUCCACCGCAGUGAAAGAUAGAACUAUCUGGCUGUGUUUAACCACUGCUCUUAUGCCAUCCCGGGAUUGCAAAGAGCUUUGGCAAAAGACAGUCUUCAUGGUACAGAACCACAACAGAUCUGUCUGUUGUAUUCUCUUUAGCACAUCCUAAUAUGGCAUUUUUGUUUUCAUUGCUAUUUUGCAUAUUCACAUUCAACUUGUGGUCCAUAGUGACUCUCAAGAUAUUUAUGCCAAAAUUGCUACUUUCCAAAUCAUCAUU